CUGACGCUAUGCGCUGAAGUCUGGAGCGGCGCCGUUGGAGCAACCCGUUAAUCGACGCCGAGCUUGACCUUGUAACCACGUCCAGAGCCUAAAUAAAACUCCGUUAAGAAAAGUAUGACGUCCUCGGGGCUACCUCCUAUGCCGCCGCUGUCAGCGCCACCUCUGCCUGCUCUGUCUAGCUCAGGUUUCAGAUUAUCGAAGGAGCACCUGGUGGUAGCGGUGCCUGUCGCCGUCGUUGCAGCCGUCGGGGGCUUUUUAGUCGGCCAUUAUCUGACUGGACGCAGCUGUAAGAAAGGCCAGGUGAACACAUGCGUCAGUAAAGACAGUCCCAAGGUGGUCCACAGCUUUGACAUGGAGGACAUCGGCACCAAGGCUGUGUACUGUCGCUGCUGGAAGUCAAAGAAGUUCCCCUACUGUGACGGAGCCCACACUAAACACAACGAGGAGACCGGUGACAACGUCGGACCCCUCAUCAUCAAGAAGAAAGAUGCUUAAUCCGACCAACGACAGACGUACUCCAGUUCUCAUCUGCUGUCUCUCUGUGUGUCCAGUUUGUCGAUCUCACCUCUGACAGUGUGCUACAGAUUGACUGAUUGUCAGCUGCUAUACUCCCUAAGUACAGAUUAAAUAUUUAUAAUACUCUAAAUUUACAUCGCUGCUUUGUUUCUGCACUGGACGACAUGGUAUUAAGACUUGGAGGUCAUUUAAGGAACGACCUGCAGGGGGCUCACACUAUCAACGCGGUCUGACAGCCUGUGUAUUGUGAUUAUUGUGAUUAAAUUAAUGUAUUCCUUUUUUUUUUUUUGGUCAAAACAGCGACCACAUCUGACCUGUCUGUUUUCUUCUUCCAUCGAGUGGACAUCAUGUCCUCAUGUCUGGUGUCACCUGUGUCCAAGUCUGUCUCUGCUCCUCCAGGUCUGGAGCAGGUGGUUGAGUCAUAAUGUCCUGGCAGCUCUUGGCCUCAAUCAGCGCAGUGUUUCAUUAAAAUUCAGCAGAAGCUUUAUAUAUUUAAACGUGCAGCCCAAAGUCUGAACGCACACACACACAGACACACACGCCUGAAUGUGAAUGUUAACGUGUGGUCAUUUUUCUGCUCACGUUGGAGGAAGCCUGUUAGUUUCCUGUGCACUAGUGAACAGUAGCAGCAGUGUUGGAGUUUAAUAAUCGCUUAUGACUGUUGUGAAGAAUCUGUGCUAUUUAAUCAUCAUGUUUGGAGGGAUGUAUUUUUCCAUGUGCAUCAUAUUAAUUUUCUAUUGGUUGUGGGUCUGACUUGAUGGUAUUCUGUAAAAUGUAAUUAAAAGUUGUCCAGCGCA